AUGCCUGCACAACCCGCAACCAGGCCGACUCGAAAGUCGGCCGCUGUUCCCCGAAAGCAGCAGUCUGCAGCGACAGCCGGCCCUCGCGCAUCAGCUGGGUCGCGAGCAUCGUCAGCUGCAGUCGAGCGCGACGAAACCCCGGACAAUGCCUUGCGAAACCAGAUUUGCGCCAUCUUCCGCGACUCUCAGCGCACGACGGCCGCGCAUCGAAAGCUUGCGGUGAAUCUGAGAAAACUGCACGAGUCGUGUUGCUACGAGCCGGCGAAACCUGCAAAGGCCAGCAUAGGCGAGUUUGACGAGGCUGCCUUCAACGCCGAGUUUGUCCGCUGCGUGCUGAGGCUCAUGCCGGUGAGGAAGUCGGAGAACGCUGGCGAAAAGUGCGUCAGGUUCGUCGGCUUCUAUCUCCGCCAUGCGCAAGAGAAGGACGUGGAGAGCUUGGGCGACGUGGACGCAGACACCAGCUUGAUGCCCGAGACGCCGAGCACGAGGCUCACCUCCGAGAUUCUCGAGACGGUCUUGCCUUUGAUGACAGCAAAAGACAAGUUUGUCCGGUUCCGAUCAACGCAGCUGGUUUCGCAAAUCAUCAACUCUCUGGACGCUCUGGAUGACGACCUGUUUCAGAAACUCCGCCAUGGGUUGCUCAAACGAGUUCGCGACAAGGAAGCCAUGGUGCGAUGUCAGGCAGUGUUGGGCCUCGGCCGCCUUGCAGGAAACCAAGCCGAAGGCUGCACCAACUCGGAGGACAGCGACGACGACCAGGGGACCGACCUGUUGGGCAAACUUCUGGAGGUCAUGCAGAACGACCCUAGUGCAGAAGUCCGGCGCUCGUUGCUCAUCAACCUUCCAAUCCUCCCAAACACCCUUCCGUUCCUGCUGGAAAGAGCCCGAGACCAGGAUGCUGCCACUCGGCGAGCGGUUUACUCGCGACUCUUGCCGGCACUGGGGGACUUCCGACACCUGUCGCUUUCAAUGAGAGAGAAGCUUCUCCGGUGGGGGCUGCGUGACCGAGACGACAAUGUUCGCAAGGCUGCCGGGAGGUUGUUUAGGGAGCGCUGGAUUGCGGAUUGCGCGGGUGUUUCUCACCAAGAUGAAACGAACUCGGCCGAGGCACCGGUCGUCAGUCUGGACGGCUUGCUGGAGUUACUCGAGCGCAUUGACGUGAUCAACUCUGGAGUGGAGAAUGGGGUCGCUCUUGAGGCAAUGAAAGGCUUCUGGGAAGGCCGCCCGGACUACCGUGACGCAGUCAUCUUUGACGAUGGCUUUUGGGAAACGCUGUCGGCGGAAUCGGUUUUCAUGGCAAGAAGUUUCAACGAAUUUUGUCGCAGCGAGGGCAACGGCCGGUACGAGUCUCUGAUUGAGGAAAAGCUGCCUGAAGUGACAAAACUGGCCUUUUAUUUGGAGCGCUACCUGCAGGUUCUCAUUCAAGCUCUCAAGAGGCUCGAUCGACCGGGCGCUGACGAAGAAGAAGAAGAAGAGGAAGAAGAAGAGGAUCAGACCGUGGAACAGGAGUUCAUCAUUGAGCAAAUGCUCCACAUUGCUCUGACUCUGGAUUACUCCGAUGAGGUUGGCCGAAGGAAAAUGUUCACCUUGCUGAGGCAAUCACUGUCUGUGCCGGAACUGCCGGACGAGAUAACCAAGCUCGCUGUCGAGGUUCUGCAAUGCAUAUGCGCCCCAGACGCAGCUGGCGAGCGCGAGUUCUGCAGCAUCGUGCUCGAGUCGGUCGCGGACGUGCACGACACAAUUGUCGAUGAUGAGCCGCCCGAUGACGCCGACGACAGUUUCCACUCUGCCAGAUCAGAGGUCAGUCGCGGAAGCACGCCUACGAAUGAGAAGAAGCGAGGGCGGAGCGAGGCUUUAAGCGAGGAGGAUGCUCGCGACAAGGCAGUGAGGGAGAUUGUCGUCAACAUGAAGUGCCUGCACAUUGUCCAAUGCAUGCUGGCCCAUGUGGCGGGGAAUUUGAAGGACAACGCCGACCUGGUCUCGAUGCUCAACAACCUCGUGGUCCCCGCGGUGCGAAGCCACGAAGCACCCGUGCGAGAGAGGGGGCUGGUAUGCCUCGGGCUGUGUGCUCUGCUGGACAGGUCGCUCGCCGAGGAAAACCUGGGCUUGUUUAUCCACUUCUUCAACAAGGGCCACACGGCGCUGCAAAUCACGGCGCUGCACAUCUUGACGGACAUUCUCAACGUGCACGGCAGCCAGCUCAUGUCGUCUACCCCCGGGCUGCUCAAGGUGUACGCCAAAGCUGUUAGAGGCGGUGCAAAGGCCCCCGAGGUCCAGGGCGCGGCAGUCGUGGCGGCCUCCAAGCUGCUCCUGGGAAGAGUGGUCAGCGACGAGGACGCCUGCCGGGAGCUCUUGAAGGCCCUCGUCAUUGCAUACUUCGACCCGUCCUCGGCCUCGAACCAACCGGUGCGACAGGCCUUGAACUACUUCCUGCCGGUCUUUUGCUACUCUCGUCCCGCCAACCAGGAUCUGAUGAGAGCCAUCUCGCUGCAAGCUCUGCACUCUCUCUUCAACUUGCGGGAGGGCCUCGAAGACGACGACGUCGAUGUAGACGAGGACAUGGUCAGCAUGACUACCAUUGGCGCGUGCCUGGUUGACUGGACGGAUCCCCGAAAAUGCUACACCCCAGGGCCUCCGCUGGACUCUGAUAGAAAAAGCGUGGACGGCAAUGUCCACCUCCAGCUCGGCCUGGAUAUUCUAGACAGGCUGCGAAGCAACGUGAAUAAGGAGGAAAAGAAGCUCGUAGCCGGACUCCUCGGCAAGCUGCAUGUGUCGUCGGGGUCGUCAGAAGCCAAGAUUCGAGACCUCUACGCGAGCGUAGUCGGUGCUGUUGAGGACGCGCUCCUCAGCGACGCCCCCAGCCGCAACGCCUUGUACAAGAUCCACGUCAGUCUGGGCAAGAUUGUCAACAGCCUCGAUGAGCGGCGGCUGUCCAGCAAAGUUUCCGGCCGCAGCAUGUCGGCUCCCAUAGACGGGCCACUGCCCGAGGAUAGGACCAUGGUGGACGAGUCCAAGAUCAAGGAGGAAGAGCUUGAGGACAGCGGUGACAUGACAGUUGGACUGGGACACGAGACAUCUGCCAUGGCGGGCAACCUGUCCGAUCAUCACGAGGAGAGCAAGGUGACUUAA